AUGGCUGUGGCCCUGGCCCUGGCCCGUGUCCGGCUUAAGCAACUGCUGCUCCUGCUGGGCCUGUGCCUGGCCUGGCCCAGCUGCGAUGCGGCCACCGAGCAGCUGAGCAGUGUGCCCGCCAAUCAGAACGCGGGCGCACGGACCCUGCUCCGCGUCUACGAUGAGUGCAAUCGGGCGGAGACGGGCUUUGUGCCAUGCCUGAAGAAGAAGGCCAUCGCGUUCAUAGAUCGUAUAGCGCCCAUCGAUGCCAUCAGCGUCGCCGAUGGCAUUAAGCUCGUCCGCCUCGAGGCGGCGCCACGCCCGGCUGCCUACAGCGAAAACGAACUGGAAUCCUCGCUGGCGCGUUCCGGCAGUGAACGCGACGCCAAGCUGACGAACAUGCUCAUCGAACGACUGAGCUACUUCUUCAACGGACACUCGCUGCAGGUCAGCUUCCCCAAAUUGACUUCCGAUGAGAUUGGACGCGGACUCGAGGAAGGCCGCGGCAAGAUGAAGAAAAUGGGCAUGAUGAUGGCCAUGAUGAUGGCCACCAAGCUGAUGGGCAUGCUGCCAAUUGCCAUGGGCGCACUCUAUAUACUGGCGGGCAAGGCGUUAAUUAUCUCCAAGAUAGCGCUGCUCCUGGCUGGCAUUAUUGGCCUGAAGAAGCUGAUGUCUGGCAAAUCCUCCGGCGGCAGCUCUGGCUGGUCCUCGGGCGGUGGCGGCGGCGGCGGCGGUGGCGGCGGCGGUUGGUCCUCGGGCGGCGGUGGCGGUGGCGGCGGCGGCUGGGACAGACGCUCCCUCACCGAGGCGCAGGAGCUGGCAUAUCGUGCGCACAGCAGGCAGCAGGCAGCCCAG